AUUUGCUUCACAUGCUCUUUUGUAAGCUGAACUAAUGACUGCUGCAAGAAGAAGACACAGAAAACUAAGUAUCCUCCCAAAGGUGACACUGGAAGCAAUGAACACCACAGUGAUGCAAGGCUUUAACAGAUCUGAGCGGUGCCCCAGAGACACUCGGAUAGUACAGCUGGUAUUCCCAGCCCUCUAUACAGUGGUUUUCUUCACUGGCAUCCUGCUGAACACUUUGGCUCUGUGGGUGUUCGUUCACAUCCCCAGCUCCUCCACCUUCAUCAUCUACCUCAAAAACACUUUGGUGGCCGACAUGAUAAUGACACUCACACUUCCUUUCAAAAUCCUCUCUGACUCACACCUGGCACCCUGGCAGCUCAGAGCUUUCGUGUGUCGUCUCUCUUCAGUGAUAUUUUAUGAGACCAUGUAUGUGGGCAUCGUGCUGUUAGGUCUCAUAGCCUUUGACAGGUUCCUCAAGAUCAUCAGACCUUUGAAAAUUAUUUUCCUAAAAAAAACCGUUUUUGCAAAAACGGUCUCGGUCUUCACCUGGUCCUUUUUUUUCUUCAUCUCCCUGCCGAAUAUGAUCUUGAGCAACAAGGAAGCAACACCAUCGUCUGUGAAAAAGUGUGCUUCCUUAAAGGGGCCUCUGGGACUGAAAUGGCAUCAAAUAGUAAAUAACAUAUCCCAGUUUAUUUUCUGGACUGUUUUUGUCCUAAUGCUUGUGUUUUAUGUGGUUAUUGCAAAAAAAGUAUACGAUUCUUACAGAAAGUCAAAAAGUAAGGACAGAAAAAACAACAAAAAGCUGGAAGGCAAAGUAUUUGUUGUCGUGGCUGUCUUCUUUGUGUGUUUUGCUCCAUUUCAUUUUACCAGAGUUCCAUAUACUUAUAGUCAAACCAACAAUAAGACUGACUGUAGACUGCAAAAUCAACUAUUUAUUGCUAAAAAAACAACUCUCUUUUUGGCAGCAACUAACAUUUGUAUGGAUCCCUUAAUAUACAUAUUCUUAUGUAAAAAAUUCACAGAAAAGCUACCAUGUAUGCAAGGGAGAAAGACCAUAGCAUCAAGCCAAGAAAAUCAUAGCAGUCAGACAGACAAUAUAACCUUAGGUUGACAACUGUACAUAGGGUUAACCUCUAUUUAUUGAUGAGACUUCAGUAGAUAAUGUGGAAAUCAAAUUUAAUGAAUAAGAAAAGAUUGGAAUAAAUGCUCUCUUACACUAUCCUAGUGCACAGAAAAGAUUACAUAAAUUUUAACUCCACAUAGAUCUAUUCAUAAGCUGAAUGAACCAUUACUAAGAGAAUGCAACAGGACACAAAUGGCCACUAGAGGUCAUUAUUUCAAGAGCAUUUCACUUUAACACUUUGGAAAAGAUUAAGGAGAAAUGUACAUCCCUACAAACCUCCCAUCCAAACACCUUCUCACAUUCUUUUCCACAAUUCACACAACACUACUGCUUUUGUGCCCUGUAAAUGUAGAUAUGUGCUGGGGGGGGGGGGGGGGGGAAGCUCAACUCCUGAAGUCUGUUGUUGAAAACUGCAGCCAGGGGUUGAAAGGGAUGCAGAUUUAAAGAGUCUGAGGAACUGAAGUGGGUCAGCAAGACCUCUGAAAUCCUGGGUAAAGGAUUUUCUCCUUACAAUUACAAACAGCCUCUUUCACAUUACAAUAAUAUACCAUAGGAGGCACAAGCACCAUUAUUAAGCCUCUUUGCUUACACCUUAAGAGUGUACAAUUCAAGUGUGACAAUGCUGUGUUAACUAUUCUUUGGAAUUCUCCUUUUGUCCAGCAAAUACUCUAAUGAUGGUUAAACAUGCCACCACUCAGCAAUGCCUUCUUGGCAUUGCCACAACCCCUAUGCCCCUGUCCCACCCUCCUGGUUAAAACUAAUUACUUCUACUGUUUGGGUGUGUGAUAGGGUUCUCAAUGCAGAUCCCCCUUUUCUUUCUUUUUUUUUUUUUUUUUUUUUUUUGAGACGGAGUCUCGCUCUGUCGCCCAGGCUGGAGUGCAGUGGCCACAGAUCCCCCUUUUCUAGUUAGCUAUAUUCUUGACUGCAUCCCCUAAAAAUGUUAAAGCUUCUUGAGAGACAGAUAUGCCAGGUUUUCUUGGUAUCUCCCACAAUAUGCCCUCCAGUCUAUGGCCUACAGAUGUUUAAAUAGAAUUGCUAUUCUUGAUCCACACAAAGAUGGAAUUGCCGACCCAUAAUCAGUAACAUCCAUAUUGGGAGCUUUUUCAAAGGAUGGUGACCUGCUUGUACUUAUUUACCUUGGUAUUUUUUCUUGCAUCCUUUUGUGAUUCAAAAAAUAAAAUGCGGCUUUCUGAAAUGAUAGAUAAGAGUCUACAUCUUCUAGAAAAAAUACAGGAAGGAGUAGUUAAGCUCUGUAAAUGUGCCAUGAGCUCCAACACGAACAUCAUAAGGUGAAGCCCACGUCUUCUUCCAUGGCCUCAACAGCCCUAGAACUCGUCUACCUUUCUGGCCUUACCUCCUAGCUACUUACCCAUCUCUUGAACUUUAUACUCUUGUAUACAUUUCUAAGUUUCAGAAAAUGCCAUGCUCCAUUCUGGGACUACACAUGUAUAUUUCCCUCUGGUACACUUGGAAGACUCUUAUCCAUCUGUGAAACCCUAUGUUGCCAUCACUUCAUCCAUGAAAUACUACCUGGCCAACAUCCCACCAUCACCUCAAACCCAAUCACCCCCUCCUCGGUAUGCUGUCACACCUAUAUUAAUAAAUUUAUCACAUUGUAUUGUAAUUAUUCCGUCACCUUUGUAUCUACUCUUUUAAUAACCGAUGUAUAUUUUUGAAAGGAGAGACUGUUUCAUUGUGCAAUCAAUAAAUGUUUGAUAAAAUAAAGCCCAUUUGGUUUAUUUUAUGUAUUAGAGAAGCAAAAGGGAAGCCAAUUCUCAUUGAUCUUUUUAUUAUCCAAAGACAAAAUAAAUUUAUUGAAAUGAAAGCUCAAGCUCUCUCCAGUUACUCUCCCGUAACAUGUAUGUAGGGCCUGAAAAUUGUGGUGCUCCUGGGUUCAGUAGUGAACGAUCAUGACAACAGCAGAUCGUGGAAUAGCCAAAUGCAAAGUUUCAAAGCUAUUGACAAAAUCCUUUAGCUAUGUACCAC